AUGCCCCUCGUUACGCCGCUGAUUAAGGAGCUAGGAGCGUCUCCUUUACAGGUCGGCUUCCUCUCGUCCACAUACGGCGCUGUGCAACUCGUUACUGGGCCAUUCUUUGGUCUGCUGAGUGACAGCAUGGGCAGGCGGGUUGUAAUUCUGGUGUCAUAUGCUGGCGCAGGGGCGAGCUAUUUAUUGUUGGGGCAGAGCAACACUGUCACGAUGGUGGUGAUCUCGCGUGUGCUACUGGGAAUCACCAAGCACAGCAUGAAUGCAGUCAAGGCGUAUGUGGCAGAUCACACCACAACCACCAACAGAGCCGUCGAGUUGGGCAGGAUGGCAACAGCAUCCGCACUAGGCAUCAUGGUCGGCCCUGCCGUGGGUGGCAUGCUAUUUAAAGCAGGUAGUUAUCCGCUCCCAACAGCAGCAGCAGCGCUUCUCUACGCUAUAAACUCCUUCAUCAUUGUGACACGCCUGGAAGCGCGGCAACACCUUGCCGAAUCUACACCACAUGUAUCCAAGAGAGCACGGGUGCUUUCACUGCAAGGACUCUUCCCCAAUGCCGCCAUAUUGACUCGCCCCCGAGUGGCUGCACUAAUGACAGUGCGGGCAGUGCUGGGGUUGGCAGUGCACCUCUUUCGGCAGGGCUUCUCUCUUCUCCUCAUCUACCGCCUCAACCUCCCCGUUCACACCAAUGGGCUGCUGCUCUCCCUGCAAGGCCUCCUGACAUCGCUGGUGCAAGGCCUGGCCAUCCGCCCCUUGCUGCGCCGCUUUCCAGAAACGCCUCUCAUCUUCCGCGGCCUGCUGCUGCUCUCCCUCACCCUCGCCCUGCUUGCUGCUGCUCCCAGCCUCCUUUUCCUGAUCCUCCUACUACCUCCGCUUGCCCUCUCAACUGGUGUUCUCCGCACCACAUACACUGCCCUACUCACAACCUCUGUCGCUCAGAGUGAGGUGGGUCAGCUGCUGGGUCUAUCAGACGCCAUCAUGUCGGCCUGUCGAGUGCUCGGUCCUUCUGCUGCCGGCCUCCUCUCCUCCCAAUUCGGCUAUCACGCCCCUGUUGCUGUCAGUGCCAUCAUUGCAGCCAUUGCAGCUCUCCUUUUCCACCUGCUAGUGCUGCGCCGCCACCACCCUGCCUCUGCUGCCACGGGAAUUUUGUCCAAGGGUCAUUUGGCUUGA